AUUGCGGCGGUUAGAAUAACCUGCAGGGGAUUACGGCGCCCGUUGCCUGAUGCAGCAACGAACGAGGGAAGAAACGGGAGAUCACCAGAUAGAUCCUGCUGACUCGGGCAGUCAUCAUCCCACUCCUCGAUCACCGUGGCUCCGAGAGAUCGUCCUCUAUAAAUACGAAGCCGCAUCUCAAUUCGAUUCUCACAGCGAGAGCAUCCAGCUGCAGACGAGCCUGUGUAGUGCGAGUUGGAUAGGAAGCGGUUGGAUCGCUCGAUCGAGAAUGGCGGGAGGCAAGGGCGCCCUGCUGCUGCGCAUCGCCAUCGUCUUGCUGGCGGUCGGGAAUGGCGGCGCGGAGGCGAGGAAGCAGGGGAAGGAGUCCCUGGGGUUCUACGAGCUGCGGCGGGGCGAGUUCUCCAUGGUCGUCACCAACUGGGGCGCCACCAUCCUCGCCGUCAGGAUCCCCGACAAGAACGGGCACAUCGGCGACGUCGUUCUUGGCUACAAGGACAUCGGAUCUUACGUGAACGACACGACCUACUUUGGCGCGCUGGUGGGCCGCGUGGCGAACCGCAUCGCCGGCGGGCGAUUCACCAUCCGGGACCGCCCCUACCACACGUUCCGGAACGACGGCAACAACACGCUCCACGGCGGCCACCGUGGGUUCGGCCAGGUGUUCUGGUCCGUCCGCGAGCGCGUCACCGGCGAGUUCCCGCACAUCACCUUGUCGUACCGCAGCUACGACGGCGAGCAGGGGUUCCCGGGCGCCCUGGACGUGCUCGUCACCUACAAGAUCGACGGCGACUACUCCUACAGCGUCACCAUGUACGCCCGGCCGCUCGACAAGGCCACCCCCGUGAACCUGGCGCAGCACACGUACUGGAACCUCCGCGGCCACGGCAACGGCACCGUCCUCGGCCACGCCGUCCAGAUCUUCGCGUCCGCGGUGACGCCCGUCGGCGGCGACCUCAUCCCGACGGGCGCCGUCGCGCCCGUCGCCGGGACGCCCUUCGACUUCCGGGCCCCCGCGGCGCCCGGCGCGCGCAUCGCCGAGGUGGCGGGCGGCUACGACAUCAACUUCGUGCUCGACGGCGCGGCGGACGGGCAGGGGGUGCGCAAGGUGGCGGUGGUCAGCGAGCCGGAGUCCGGCCGCGUGAUGGAGCUGUGGGCGGACCAGCCCGGGCUGCAGUUCUACACCGGCAACUUCCUCAAGGGCGACCAGGGCAAGGGCGGCGCCGUCUACGCCAAGCACGGCGGGAUGUGCCUCGAGACGCAGGACUACCCGGACGCCGUGCACGAGCCGGGCUUCCCCCGCGAGGUGUACCGCCCGGGCCAGCUCUACAAGCACUACAUGCUCUACAAGUUCUCGCUCCAAAAAUAGAGCUAGCCUGCUAGGAUGCGAUGAGAGUAAUAAGGAGUUCGUCAAACUUGGUCCUCUGCUUAGCUUAGCUUAGAAUUGUCCAGAAUUUGUCGGAGUUGAUUUCCGUGGGGAUGAAACUAGAUGUACAUCUUUGGAUGAACUAUGAUGUACCAAGUUUCAAACUUCUUUGAAACUUCAAUAUACGUUUUUGGACGAAAUUUCACCGGUU